ACACUUCGGUUCUGCACACCCAUCUGCUCUUCAGAUGCAGUGCUGCAAAGUCUGGGGCCUUCCCUUGUUCUGGUGACCUCUGGGAGCCUCAGAGGAAGCUAUUGCACGGUGUUAGAGUCUUCUGGCAUGAAACAUGAGGCGCUGGGAGAGGGUACAGUGAGGAAAGUGCUUGCCAUUCAAGCAAAAGGACAUGAGUUCCAGUCCCAGAGUCUGAGUACAAGGUCUCUGGGGCCAGGAUGAUGAACCAUACCACCAGCUACCAAGAUGAUUAUGAAUAUGAUUAUGACCUUUACCAUGACCUUCCGGACGUUCCCGUAGACUGCCCGACUGGCGAUUGCUUAUCUAGUGAUGGCUACCUCAUAGCCUUGGUUCUUCUGUAUGCAGCCAUCUUCCUGGUGGGUGUGCCAGGCAACAUCUUGGUGGCUUGGGUGACCUGGAAAGAGUCCCGCCACAGGCUUGGGGCCUCUUGGUUCCUGCACCUGGCCGUAGCUGACUUGCUUUGCUGUGUGUCUCUGCCCUUCCUGGCUGUGCCCAUUGCCCAGAAGGGUCACUGGCCGUAUGGGGCAGCAGGCUGCUGGCUGUUGCCCUCGGUCACCGUCCUGUCUAUGUACGCCAGUGUGCUGCUCUUGACUGCCCUCAGCGCUGACCUCUUCCUACUGGCUUUCAGGCCCUCCUGGAAGAUUGCUCAUCACCGGACACUCGGGGUGCGAGUGGCCCAGGUCUCUUCCUGGAUGCUGGCCCUGGUGCUAACGGUGCCCUCUGCAGUCUACCGUAGGCUGCAUCAGGAGCAUUUCCCUCCACGGCUUAUGUGUGGCAUAGACUAUGGGCGAUCUGUCGCAGCAGAGGCCACCAUCACCGCGGUUCGAUUUCUCUUUGGCUUCCUGGGGCCAUUGGUGUUCAUGGCCAGUUGCCACGGCAUCCUCCAAUGGCAACUGACCCGACGUCACUGGCCACUGGGCACAGCUGUCGUGGUUGGCUUUUUCAUCUGCUGGACCCCUUACCACAUCCUGAAGGUCAUAAUUGCAGUGGCUGCGCCGUUCUCCUUGCUCCUUGCCCGGGUCUUGGAGGCUGAGCCUCUGAUUUCAGGCCUGGCCCUUGCUCACAGUGCUCUCAAUCCCAUAAUGUUUUUGUAUUUUGGAAGGAAACAACUCCGCCAGUCACUCCAGGCUGCAUGCCACUGGGCCCUGAGGGAUCCACAGGAUGAGGAAAGUAUGGUGAGCAAGGUAUCCACCAGCCAUGAGGUGAUGUCUGAGAUGGCCGUGUAGUCAAGAGGGAUUUGAAUUUCCUAGGCCAUUUCAUAAUCGUGCAGCUUCAGGCACAGCUGGAUCCAGGAGCUCCGCAACAGUUUCUGUUCUUCAUUCAAUAAACAUUCAUUGUGCA